AUGGCACCCCUUUACGCCCCCUUUUCCGUAAACAAAUCCGACCACUUACAAGUAUCAGACGUCCACUCGAUUUACUGGGAAGAAUGCGGCAAUCCAAACGGCGUUCCAAUCGUGUUUCUGCAUGGUGGUCCAGGAGGAGGCAUCGAUGAUAAUGAUAGGCGUUAUUUCGACCCCUCUCACUACCGUAGCAUCCUCUUCGACCAACGUGGCGCCGGGAAGUCGACUCCCCAUGCCUCGCUAGAAGACAACACGACUUGGACCCUGGUUUCUGAUAUCGAGGCUCUGCGCCAGCACCUCGGAGUUGAGAAGUGGAUCGUCUUUGGUGGUUCAUGGGGCUCAACUCUCGCCCUCGCCUACUCGGAAACUCACUCAGACCGAACGCUAGGGUUAAUUCUGAGAGGGAUCUUCACUCUUAAAAGAGAAGAGCUAGAAUGGUUCUAUCAGAAAGGCGCGGAUUUCAUAUUCCCGGAUUACUUUGACAAGUAUAAGGAGCCCAUCCCGGAGGCCGAGAGAGGCGAUAUGAUGGCUGCGUAUUAUAAGAGGCUUACAGGGGAUAAUGAGGAGGAGAAGCUCAAGUGCGCGAGCGCCUGGAGUGCGUGGGAAACACGCACCAGCAAACUCAUCGUAGACCCAGGAUUUGUCGCCAAAGCAGAAGAUCCUAAAUGGUCUCUGGCAUUUGCACGCAUUGAAUCCCACUUCUUUGUAAAUGGUGGUUGGAUGGCCGACGGACAGCUCAUCGCGGACGCCCACAAGAUCGCGCACCUACCCAUCGUGAUUGUGCAGGGUAGAUACGAUGUCGUGUGUCCGGCGAAGACGAGCUGGGAUUUGUACCAGGCGCUGGGUGGGGAGGGGAAUAAGGGGGUGGAGUAUAGGAUUGUGGUGGAUAGUGGACAUAGUGCGAAAGAGAAGAAUACUGAGCAACUACUUGUGGAUGCCGCAGAGAAGUUUAAGAGUAUCAAGGGUUAG